UUUUAACUCUUUCCCCAACCAACCUGAUGUUCAUCGUCAUCGAGUUUCAUUCAUAGUUUUUUAGUCAGAAACGUUUCUUCGCGUCGCGAUUCUGAAGUCCCCGAUUAGGGUUUUGAAAAAAUGGGAUUUAUAAUGGAAUUCGCUGAGAAUUUGGUGCUGAGAUUGAUGGAAGAUCCAAAGGAAAGAGACCAGAGAGCUAGGGAUCGUUUGUAUGCGGUGAAAGAUAAGUGCCAGAAGACAAAAGAAAUGUGGAGCUUACCUUUGAGGCCGUACGGUUUUUGGACAUUUGAGAGACAUAAUUCUCAACUUGCUUGGGAUGCUCAGAUUAGCCAAGUUGUCGGUCGCAGAGACCCGUAUGAUGAUCUUCUUGAAGACAGCUAUGUUGCCCCCUCUUCCUCUAAAUGAAUUUGAUACCUCAAUUCGCCUAUAGCAGAUUGAAAAGCAGCUUUCUUGAAGGAAGAAGAUGCUACGCUGUGUUUGUGCUUUUGUACCUCUAUUUCAGAAUCUUGUAAUUAUCUCUUGCAGGAUGUCAGCUUGUAAUAAUCUUGAAAUUUAUAGACUGGUUCAGGAUUUCGAAUAAUUGUCCAAAGAGGUCGCCUUUUAUCGAACAUAUGCUUGAAAUUUCAAAUUUUAAUCAUUUGUAUU